CCCUGAGUCCAGCCAUACUACAGCACGUUGCGCUCUCACAUCCUCCUCCCCAUCCUCACGCCCCGCCCUUUCACCGUGAGGAAUUAGGGUUUUUUUUUUUUCAGCCAUUCAUUUCUAUUUUUCCGUCACAUGGGCUCUUUGGGUGCAAUGUGAGUGAGCUGUCGACGCUGGCUGCGGCUCGUUUAAAAAUGAUGGGGAUUUAAAAGACGGAGCAAAGCGCAUCGGGACUCCGCAUCUUUCUCUCAGCAUCUCCUCCGCUGCUGGGAGGCUCCAAAGGACCAUGCAACACCUUAAGCCAUGGCGAGCUCUGCUCCUUUUGACCGUGCUGUGCCACCCGGCAAUCUCAGAUAAAUACGGCUGCCUGUUUGAGAGGAAACUGUGCACGAGGGAUCAGUUCUGCUCAGACGAUGGGCUGUUUGGUCAGUGUCGCAGCUCCAAGCAGGAUCUGGUCCAGUACCAGGUGUCAGUUCCAGUUCUGAAGAGGAUGCAGGAAGUCCUAAAACAGCUCAUGAUGCACGGUCUUUCCUGGCAAGACGACAUCACCCAGCACAUUUUAUCAAAGGAGCUGAAAAGAGUUCCCCAUACCACCCACCCCUCCAAGCCAAACGCCUCUUCCUCCUCUUCGCAUUCAUCUCCGUCCAAACAGAACAUCCCCCACCACCAUAGUUCUAAAUCUGGGUCUGCACCUCCUGGUGGCAACUAUGUGGACUACAUGAUUGUCGAGCCUCCUCAGUCCCCGCUACGUAUGCAGACAGCCUCCAUGGACCCGUACACAUACCACCAGCAUAGAUAUCAAGAUGACAUCGAGAGAUCACUCAUUGGAGCAGCAGGCGGUUAUGCCCGCCCCUCUUCAAGGUCCCAGGCCAAUCAGAGAGAGCGAGAGCGUGACAGGCAGGUGCUACAGGAAGCCUUGUCAUUGUACCUGGCAUCCGCACAGCCCUCUUAUCGCCACCGAGGGGCUGCCUCCAUGGCUCCUGCAGGUCUGCCUUAUUAUGAGGACUUUGAGCUGGAGAUACCAGUGGACUAUGUGGAAGACUACACCCUACAGGAGAGACUUGGUACUGCUGGCAGACAACAAGUGCAGCAGAAUAAAAAGGUUCCUCAGGACAUCAGCACUCCAUCAGGAACCAAUGAUGGCCUGCUCCAGAGGAUGUCAGGAGUCUUGCAGAGGUACGGAGUUGAUCCCAGAGAGCUCAGUCAAGAGCAGCUCUACAAGCUCGCCCUCAUUCUGCAGCUGAUGCGGGCCCCAGACAAAACAGAUCCAAUUGAAAAAGACCUUAUCACCCUUAAGGAGAUGCAACUGUUAAAAACAGACAGUGACUCACGUAAGCCUGCCCCUAUCGCCGGUCCCCCUGAAGCCCCUCCUGCCCCCUCCUCCGCCACAGUCCGAGCUACGCCUCCAGCCAAGACCGCCAGCCUCUCCGCAUCUGCCUCCCAGCCCCCACAGGCUGCUCCUGCUGAAGCUGGACAGGGCUUGAGGGAGCAGGGGCCACCACUGGUCGAGGGUGCAGGAGCCAAGGAGGAGUAUGGGUACAUUGUUACCAAUCAGAGUCCUCUGAGUUUGUAUGAUGGCGUGAAGCUGUUGGAGCUACUGGCUGAUAAGAUACACCUGACAACCAGCAGCUUCAUCAACAUCAGUGUGGUGGGCCCUGCGCUGACGUUCCGUAUCCGCCAGAAUGAACACAACAUGACGGCUGCAGAGGUGGCUGCUAAAGCUGUGUCUGAAAAGAACUUCCUGGAGUCUGAGACAGGGCUGAAGAUUGUACAGACUGGUGUGGGAGAGAGGACAGAUGCACGGGGUCUCCCUCAGGUAUCCAGGGUUUCCCAGGGCUCCAGCGGCACAAUCAUCACCCUUGUUUCCAUGGCAGUCGUAGGAGGCGUGCUGGUAUUGGCCAUGGCCGUAGCUUGUCUCAGGCACUAUGCUCAGCAAGUGGCCAAUGGCAAGCUUGGACUGGGGCCAGAGGGAGGAGCAGAGACACACUUUGACUACCAGGAGCUAUGUCGGCAGCACAUGGCAUCCAAAUCCUCUCUGUGCCGCCAGGACUGUGUGGGUGGGGUGAGCAGUGGCAUGGCGGGGUCCGCCAUAGGCACGGGUGCUGGCGGUCGAAGAGGUACGGACACUUCCCGCGUCAGCAGUGUUUCCUCCCAGUUCAGCGACGGUCCCCAGCACAGCCCGUCCUCCACCCACAGCUCCACCCCAUCUUGGAGCGAAGAGCCGGCCCAGUCGAACAUGGACAUCUCCACUGGUCACAUGAUACUGGCCUAUAUGGAGGAUCACCUGCGUAAUAAAGAUCGCCUUCAGAGGGAGUGGGAGGCUUUGUGCUCCUACCAGGCUGAACCCAGUUCGGUGGCUGUGGCUCAGCUCCCAAGCAACAUGGACAAAAACAGACAUGCUGAAUCCCUCCCCUACGAUCACUCUCGGGUGAAGCUGAAGACUGAAGUAAACCCCAAUAAACAAGACUACAUCAACGCCAGCAUCAUUUUUGAUCAUGACCCUCGCCAGCCAUCUUAUAUCGCCACACAGGGACCACUGGCUCACACUGUCGCUGAUUUCUGGCAGAUGGUGUGGGAGAACGGCUGCACAGUGAUCGUGAUGAUGACAGCUUUGGUGGAAGAUGGAGAGAAACAGUGCGAGCGCUACUGGCCUGAUGAGGGCUCGUCACUCUAUCACAUUUAUGAGGUGAACCUGGUGUCAGAGCACAUCUGGUGUAAGGACUUCCUGGUGCGUAGCUUCUACUUGAAAAAUGUCCAGACGCAGGAGACCAGAACCUUGACGCAGUUUCACCUGCUGAGCUGGCCCGCUGACGGCAUCCCCACCUCCACGCGACCUCUGCUCGACUUCCGCAGGAAGGUGAAUAAAUGCUACAGAGGUCGUUCCUGCCCGAUCAUCGUGCACUGCGGUGAUGGCACCGGCAGGACUGGCACGUACAUCCUCAUUGACAUGGUACUGAACCGCAUGGCAAAGGGAGUGAAGGAGAUCGACAUUGCAGCCGCACUGGAGCACAUCAGAGACCAGAGACCUGGCUUGGUCCGCUCCAAGGACCAGUUUGAGUUUGCGCUGACAGCAGUAGCCGAGGAGGUGAAUGCCAUCUUGAAAGCCCUGCCACAGUGAGCUGAGGACGCAGUGAGGACAUGCACAAGCGCACAGAAAGACGUACUCAUGAGGACACCUCUGUACCAUCCAGUCAUGUAUGUCUGGCCGUCACUGUAAAUAAGAAUUUGCUCUACCACACUUGAAGCAGUUACUGCUCUUGUUUUCAGCAUGCAGUAUUUGACCAUCUACUCAUUCUCUGGGUUUUUACAACUUUUUGGAACUUGAUUAAAUUCAUUUUGGCGGGAUGUACAUAUGGACAGAAGAUCAGGUUUUUUUAACCAACAUGGCACAAAUUUGAUUUUAGCUGCCUAAAGUUUCUGUCGAAUUAAACAACGAGACCAUCAGUGUGAUCUAAAAAAAACAAACAUUAACUUGAAUAUUCUAUGCCCUUUCAAUGUUAACUUUUGCCUGAGUCUGACAGGACAGAAUACACUCCUGUUGAUGGUUGUAAUUCCAUCUACCCUUUCAUUGGACAUGAUGACUUGAUUACGUCAAAUGAUCAAUCAACAUCACAAAUGAUUUAACAUUUCUUUUACAUUUUCUUGGAUUAAUGUUAAAAUAAUGUCAAGUCCCUUCACAAACUCAUCAAAUUUCUAAGACUGACACCCAGUAAAUUUUCAAUUCAUUUUAACUCUAUGAGUGUGUUGUUACGUGUCCACCAGAAUACUGUAUGCUACUGUCUAGUGUGUGUUGAUUUCCAGCAGGUUUUUAUCUGCGAGGCUUGUCUCUGCCUUGACAACAUGAUUGUUGGCUUUAAGCACUGGUCCUUUUGUAACGGAUGCUGUACGUUUAACACAAAGUACACCUCACCCUCUGCGCACAAAGGAACAUUGUUUGGGUUCUUUUAUCGUCCUACUCAGCGUACCACCCUGUGAUUAAUGUAAAUAAUUCAUCCUAAUGAUUGUGUUUAUUUCAUGUAGCAGACAAGAUACAAAAUAUCUAUAAAAAUGUAUUUUUGACUUGACUUGAAUAAAUUUGUGACGUGAUGCAGCAAAAAAACUAAAAAAAAAAAA